AUGACUAAUGAGCGCCCACGUAGCUCUCACAGCGGAAGACCUAGAGCAGAAUCCUCAUCUCACCGACCACGGCGAGCCACAGAAUCAGUACAACCCAUCGCUGAUGGAUGGGCAGCAGAGGGAAGAGAGCGAGCUUCCGCCCGACAAGUGCCUACUAGUAGUCAAUCAAUCACCAGUUCUCCUACCUCUGCCGCGCCAUUAAUUGGAAACCAUGCCUCUGCACCAACCGUUCCUAAUAGGUCUGAUAGGCGACCGAGGCCAGCUCCUGCGCGAUUAAACGCUCCGCCGUCUUCUAAUCUCCAGUACACUGAACCUUCGAUCUCGUGUGAUCGAUGUGGCAAAGACAACCUCCAAUACGACUUACACAAGAGAUGUCUCAAAUGCAAGGAUGGAAAAUAUCACCUUUGUUUGCCAUGUUAUCGCUCUGGCCGGGGUUGUCUUCAAUGGUCUGGCUUUAUUUCUACCGCGCAAUUGACAUUCGAACGGAUGUUGGCGUCUUCAAAUAGCCAACCAAUGCCAAAUCAUGCGGAUGGUCACUUACUCAUCUCCUUCAAGUACCAGCGGCCUUCUGAAAUUGCUCAAAUUGCCACGAAUGGAGGCGUACAAAUGACGAACGAAAACCCGGCCCGCCGCUUGGAAUCCGGGCUCUUCUGCGACAUUUGUAUGUCUUCAACAAAUGAGUGCUAUUGGAAGUGCAGCAUAUGUAAUCAGGGAGAUUGGGGAUUUUGCAAUCGUUGCGUUAAUCAAGGAAGAUGUUGCACUCACCCCUUACUGCCAGUCCGUCGCCUCGCUGGCAGCCCGGCUUCAUCUUCUCCAUCCACCCCGGCAGCCGCGGCGAACGGCCCACCGCCGACCCUGGCGCUGGAGAGCUACAAAAUUCUCUCAUUCUCCACUAACUGUGACAUCUGCACCUAUCCAAUUCCAGCCUCGGUUACCCGGUUUCAUUGUUUGAAAUGCAAUUCCGGUGACUACGAUGUUUGCACGAACUGCUAUCUAAAACUUGUGGCAAACUCGAAGAUCAGUAAGGAGAACGGCCACAAUGGCUGGCGCCGAUGUGUGGCAGGUCACCGAAUGAUCGUCGUUGGCUUUGAAGACCAUCAGGAUGGUCAGAGGCGUGUCAUCAAGAAAAGCCUAGUUGGCGGCCAUGCUCUGAAAGAUGAGCAUGUGAACCGAUCACCCUCUUCAUCACCUGCUACCACUACUGCCAUCGCCUCUCCCGAGCUGGGUGUUGGCGACUGGAGCUGGAAGGAGGGUCAAGACCGUCGCAAAAAAGCCUCUCGCACGAGGGGCUCCCUCACCUCCCCCAUCAGUAAGACACAUACGUCGGACGUGGACUCUGCGUCUCAAAACAUGGGCACUCCUACCGCUCAGCACACACCUAUUCUCCGCCGCUUUCCACCCGAUGGGGGUGUUGGUCUCAUAGUCUAUGCACUGUGGUCUUAUUACCCCGAGGAAGGGGUGCAGGAUGAGCUUAUCUUCCCUCGUGGUGCUGAUAUCACUGAAGUUGAGAACAUUAACGAUGACUGGUUUUGGGGGUGCUAUGCUGGUCGCACGGGGCUGUUUCCUGGGUCCCGGGUCACUCCUGUGGGAGAGAUUUCCUGA